AUGUCUCGCUCCGGCGGAACAACGCUGUACGUCACAGGCUUCGGCCACGGAACCCGGGCACGCGAUCUCGCAUACGAAUUCGAACGAUAUGGUCGCCUUGUUCGCUGUGACAUUCCGGCACCACGCACAGCAUCAAGCCGCCUGUUUGCGUUCGUUGAAUACGAAAGUCGUCGUGACGCAGACGAUGCCUAUCAUGAGAUGCAUAAUAAACGCAUCGGCCGCGAUGAUUUGCUAAAAAUCGAGUGGGCGCGUACUCCCCCAUCUGCAUCGUGGCGCUUUGACUCUGGCCGUGAGCGUCGUCGAGACCGCACUCCUCCUCGUAGAGGUCGUUCUCCAUCUCCCCGCCGUGGACGUGGUGAUUACUCACCACGUAAAGAUGACCGACGAGACAAGGACUAUGAUCGACGUGAUCGAGACCGCGACCGCGAUCGCGAACGAGAGCGUGACCGUGACCGUGACAGGUCCCGCAGCCCCGAAGAUCGGGAGCGCGAUUUGAAAGAGGAUCGUGAGCGACCUGAUGAUAGAGAACGCCGCGAGGACGACCAUGAAAAUGGUACCAACGGCGAUGAGAGGAAGCCUCUCGACCCACCCCCUUCUGGUCAUGACGAGCUUGAUACGGCCGAGUAA